AAUUAUGGUAAUUAUGCGUAGUUGAAAUUUUGCACGGUCCAGAGUUCACUAAAGAAAAGAAAAAUUAAAAGCUCGAGAAAUUAUUUUCAUGUGGAGUUGAAACAAUCACGCGAAGAAAUUUGUACUCUGCAUUAUUGAGAUGGCUGCGAGAAGUCUGUUGCCGCUACGAAGAUUUAACCGACUUCUAACUAACACGGUAAAUGGCUGUUGUUGUGUUGUAAUAUUUUAUAUAAACCAGGUUCAAAUCGUGUUUAUGUAUGCAAUGGAUCUAAACUAUAAUUUACAAAGUGUUUUGUACGUGUCACAAAAAUAAUUUGUUAGCCAUAGUAUUAGAUUUAUAACAGAUUAGAUAAAACUGCACUAUCAACCAAAUUGCGUGGUUGAAAACUUGAAAUUGAAUUCCCCUCUAUGGCUGGGCUGUUUGGUAAUAUUUAGCUAGCUGGUAUAAAUGCUUCUGAUCUAAUAGGCAGCAUACAAUGGUUAAUGCAAAACUACCAGAGAAAAUCGACAGUAAGGCCCUCAAUAUGCAUUUACUGCCCAUGUUAGCUGUAAUCCCCCCUGAACAUGUCUUGGCAAGGGGGGGGGGGGCUGUAGAGGCAGUCUGUGUCAUGCUUGAAAUUUAUCAGCACCUCUUGGAGACCCUUAGUAAAAUCAUCUUAGACACAUUGGUUGUCCUUUAGUAAAUCCGAGGAUAAUUAAAAAAAAACACACAAUACUUUUGCUUUGUUUAUAGCAUGUUGGAGCUGUGCCAAUAUUCCAGGGCAAGUGUUAUGGCACAAAAUCUGAAAACACGUCUGGUUAUUCAUUUGGUAAAUAAUGUAACUUCUUACUUUAUCGUCCAGACUUGUAUGUUUAGAUUCCAGAAUGCAGAAUUGGCAUUUUUUUAUGCUGUACCAUUGUUGGGUACUGUCUUUCCCAAGCGUGGGAGUAUAUAAGCACCACUAAUCCUGAUUCUUCUACCUUCAUAAUUGUUACUUUAGAUAUGUCUGAGGAACUUCGUGCUUUGCGAGAUAUGGCUCGAAAGUUUUCAAGAGAGGAAAUUUUACCUGUAGCUGCCGAACAUGACAGAACUGGCGAGGUUGAGAUUUUCACUUGGUUUUUGUCUCAAUUUUGUAUUACUUGACAUGUAUAUUUAUAUUUACAUGCUUUAUGUUGCUAGUAUCCUUGGGAGAUCAUCAAGAAAGCUCAUGGCCUUGGCCUACUCAAUACACAUGUCCCAGAAGAAUAUGGUAUGUUACAAAUAGACCUUAUGCAGAUGUACGUAAUGACGUUUCCUUGCAUUGUUGGUACCACUACUACCAAAAUCCUUUUUGAGAAUCUUCAUAGAAAAAGUUGACAAAUGCUUGCUAGACAUUCUGCUAGUUGUAGUUGCACACUGCAAGGAAAUGUUGUUAUGCAUAAAAUCCAUCAAUCAGUGUUAAUUGUGACUUAAAAACUGAGAGAUUAAAAAUUCAAUGUCUACUUCCAGGUGGUCUGGGUCUUGGCUCAACAGAGAGUUGUUUGAUCACGGAAGAAAUAGCGUAUUCUUGCACAGGAAUUCAGACAGCCAUGGAAGGAAAUGGAUUGGCUG